AUGGAAGCAACCACUGAUGCAUGUCCAUAUGAGAUUUGGGAGUGCAUCUUCAAAUUAAUCAAUGGCGACAACCGCACGCUUGAGGCUCUCUCCGUUGUCUCUAAACAGUUUCUCUACAUCAUCAACCAUGUACGAUGCGUUGUCACGAUCUCCGAGCAAACCAUUCCUUUCAUUCCUCGCCUUUUUCAAAGGUUUCCUCACCUCACAUCCCUUAACCUCUCUCUCACUUCCCAAGAAGUUGACCUUGACGCCCUAUUGUGUCAAAUCUCUACUUUUUCCUUAGACAUCAAAUCGCUUUAUAUCUCUAACCCCAACUACGAUAUUCCCGAACAUGGGUUGAGAGCUCUAUCUAAAAAGAUGAAAAAUUUGACAUCUCUCACUUGUUCCACAAUGGGUUUUCUCCGUAAAGAUGACAUCUUUCUCAUUGCUGAUUGCUUCCCUUUACUAGAAGAGCUCAACCUAACGUGGGUAAAAAAUGACUGUGAGACUCUAGUAAAAGGAGAUGAUGACGAAGAUUAUCGCGGUCAUUUGUUGGCACUUCCCAAACUUCGCAAGAUUAAUUUACAUGGCACCGUCUUAGAUCAACAAUCUGUUAACUAUCUCUGCCAGAACUGUGAGCUUCUUCAAGAGGUCAAUGUGAUUACUUGUCCUUUGAUGACUCAUCCUGUUACUGAGAUUGACGAGACUGUCACCAAACUUCAAUUGAAGUACAGAACAUACAUAGUUGAGUACGACACUGAAGAUGUAAUUUGUCGUUUUCCUUCCUAA